AGUUCAACCACUUUGCACGGAGUUCGCUAUAUUACGAUCGAUACUUUAUUUAAAAUUAGAAGAAUCCUUUGGGCAUUGUUAGUAGCUUCGGCCUUUGGAGUAUUCGUUUACUAUACAUAUAGUAAAAUCGAUUACUUUUUACAAUAUCCGAAAAAUAUAGACGUCGAAGUAACUUAUCUACCAAGGGUCAAGUUUCCUGCCGUAACGAUUUGCAAUCAGAAUCAAUUGAAAUUAACGGAACUCGCCGAAAAGAAAUACUACAAUCUCGUUCCACUUUUAUUUCCAGUUGAAAAGAAUUCAGGUAUAGAAAAAUCUUUUUCUUAAUUGAAUAAAUUUAAAAGAAUGAGGAAGAGAGAGAAAAGGUGAGAGAGAAUGACGGAGGAAACGGGUAAAGAGAUAUUUUUUAUUAAUUUAAAUCAAAAGAGAUAUUUACGUACAUAGCUUUAUUAGUUGAUACUAUUACGUUGACUCGUCUUAUCCUAAUACAUACGAUAUAAAGGUAAUAUACUGUUAGAUCCCAUACAAACUGGUAUUAACACACUUUAAUAACGCAUUAACUAUAUCCUUUUAAAAACAAAUUAGGAACGAUAAGGCUUCCGUUUAGUCAUCCGGUUUAGACUCUUCCGUCAUAAUUUUUUAUAAAUUUUUUUAAUGUCAGCAUCGAUUAAUAAAUCAAAGAGAAUUUUUGCAACUUCCGCUAACUUUCUUUCUUUCCGAUUUCUCUGUUUUGUUAUAUGAAUGUAGACAUAUUUAUGACAUUUUUGUUCUUUUGUUUCAAGUAUUCAACCCUCUAUUUAUCCAACAGCUAGGAGCCAAUGCCGAAUAGAUCAGUGGAUGUGUCUUGGUCAAGAUAAAUGCAUCGAUAAAAAUUCAAUAUGUGACGCUUUUCCUGAUUGUUUGAACGCAACCGACGAGACAAACUGCACAAUCUGCCCAGCUUUGCUCCUACAAAAUCAAUUCAACGUCACUACUAAUUUGACGUCGUUACUGUUUAAACGACAAUCGAAUACUUUUAACCAAAGCCGACUGGUCUAUAUGACCGAUCGGAAUGAAAUACUUUACAUAUUCAAAAUAAAGAAUAAGUGGCUAAUUUCUGAUAUCUACAUGCAGGAAACAAAUUACGUAGCAAUUUUAGAUCAAGAUAGCGAACUACCAUACGGCGAAAACUUGGUUUGGAAAACGGAAAAUGGUUCGAAAAUUGGUUCCAUGAUGUGCUUUUACAAUCCUGAUAAGACGAAAAAACAUAGUAGUAUAGGGAAUAUUACUGGCGUGUCGCUUAAUGAUUUGUACGACACAUCGUCCCAUAAGAAAAGAGAUUUUGUUGAAAAAUGCAUUUGGAAAGGGAAAGACUGUAAUAACGAAGAUAUUUUUGAACAAUACACGGAUAUGGGAGUUUGUUUUACGUUCAAUUCAAAAAAUGAUAUGUUUAUUGAACAGUCUGGUCCUGGUUACGGACUAACUUUGGCGCUGAAUAUUGAACAAUACGAAUAUACUAAAAAUUCCGAGACUGGAGUUGGUGUUAAAUUGUUAGUUCAUGACGUAGACGACAGGCCUCUUGUAAAGGAGAAGGGCAUAUCGGUAUCUCCUGGAUUAUAUUCUUUCAUCUCAGUGGAAACGACUCAAGUAGAAAAUUUGAAGCCACCGUGGGGAAAUUGCGGAGACAAGGAUUUAAAAUAUUUCAGCGGUUAUAGUUCAGCCAAGUGUAAAUUACAAUGCGAAACCGAUUUCCUACAAGAUAGAUGCAACUGUAGAGAUGUAUCAAUGCCAAAUCGAGAUGGUUUUCCUCAAGUAUGCAAGAUCGAUCAAUAUAUCAAAUGUGCAAAGCCAUUCUUAGAUGAGAUGAGAGCGGCGGGAAAUUAUUGUUCCUGUGAAAAACCAUGUACUUCGCCAGAACACGUUCCAACAACUUCUUUUUCCGUUCUUCUAAACAAGGCUGUCGAUUUAGAAACGAAUAAUGAACCUAGAAGUAUUAACCUUCACAAAAAACUAUCAAAAGCAAGAGAGAUAUCAUAUAGAUUAUUCGACGAUAAAUACGAAAGAACCCUAAAAAAGUUCCAUCGCCUGAAAAAUUCGAUUUCAUCGACAUUUAGAUUCUUAACUGUGACCUAUACAACCCUAGAACAAGUAAAUUCUGACCUAUCAACUACACUUGAGGCUAUUAAAAAAGAUGGCAUGUGGUUGAGAGAUUUAAUCAUUGCUGGCGAGAAUGUUUUAGAGGAGGGCGCCUUAAAGAUUAUCGACGAUUUAGAAGAUAUUAUCUCUUCCGCCUUAAAUGAGCCAUUUAUAGAAUUUAGAAAAUUAAUGAAAGAAACAUUAGAUCAUUAUAGUAUUAUUUACAAUCGGUUCUGGGAUCUUACUUGUUUCAUAAACGGUACUUGUAAAUCAAUUGAUUGGAGAGGAAAUGUUACUUGUCCCACAUUAGAUUUUGGAAAUGUCAGCUGCAAUUGUCAAAAUGAUUACUAUUGCUCCAGGAGAGAGAAUGCCGCUUGGGUUAGAAUUUCGUCCUUAAUAGACUCGUCUAAUAAAUUAUUUUAUGAAAGAAUCUUGGAAUUUAAUGACAAAUUCCAAAAAUUACCGAAUAUUGAUCGUCUAUCCUGCAUACAAAUUAACUUGAACCUGUUAAAAGAUACACUGGGUAGCGGUAGCGUAAACAAUUGCAAUAAGAAUAUAAUGAAGAAUUUAAAAGCCUAUGUUAAAACUAAAUUUAAUUUAAUUAGACCAAGGUUUAAUAGUAUCGAACAUACUUUAAGGCAUAUGUUGAUUCGAUAUGUUAAAGAUAUGAGAGUUUUGGAUGACAUCGUUCAAGAUAAAAGACAAUAUUUUUCAUUGGAAAAGUCAAUUUCUAAUAAUUUAAAAUCAAUUUUUGAUCAUUUAAACGAUAUUAGACAAGAAAUAUUAAGUAAAAGUUCUUUUAUAAAAGCGGUCAGAUAUCAUCUCUGGUUUACUCAACUCAAUGUCAAUUUGAAUCCACUUUAUAAAUCAAUCAAAGAGCUUUUUGACAACACCCUAAUAAGAAUAGACAGCUGUAAGGUUGAAAAAUUCAACCUAUUGAAUCUAAUUAGGAACGUUGAGAGGAAUUACGUGAACGGAAGUACAAAAUUAAAAGAGGUAAAGAAUUUAUUGCAUUUUCAAAGACAUCUUCAGCUGUUGACAAUUUUUCAACAAAUAUUCGAUUCUUUAAUAAUUAAUACAAAUCAAAGGAUAAAAAACUUGGAAACCAUGAUUAAUGAAUUCUAUUUUACAUUUAUGACCGUUAUUCCUAUUGAAGAUUUAAAGAUUGCAUCUGAAUAUUUUAAGCAAAAAAACCUUUUGCUACCGAAAUAUAUUAUAAAAGAAUCCCCUCAGAUGGCGCCAGGUGAUAGUGCAGAUCAAUUUUGGAAUGAUAUGAGAGAUAUAUUUAAUUCUAUAAAGAAUAAUUGGCAAAUCUUUCACACUAAUCAAGAUCAAGUAAGAGUAGAAGUGGAAAAAUACUUUAAUAAUUUUAACGAUGGAAAUGAUCUUACAGCUACAUUUUUCAACGAAAACUUUUUACAAUUGGAAUUAUUCUACAAGGAACUCACCGAAAGAAAAGUUUCCCAAAAAAGGGCAUACGAAUCCAUGACAUUGCUGAGUGAUCUUGGAGGACUAAUGGGUUUACUACUAGGAGCAUCUGUACUAACUCUAUUCGAGGUUAUAGAUUUAUUCUUAUAUAACUCUAUUGGAAAAUGCUAUACAUCGUUUAAAUCAAGAAGAGUUCAAGUUUGGGAAAAUAAAGCUUGACAAGAUUAGUUUCAAUACAAGCAUCAAAGAUGGCACAAUGAAAAUGUAUUUUAAUUUUAACCCUAACCCCAACUUUAAAAUGAUAAAGUAUUCAUUAAAUAUACAUAUAUAACCCGUUUGAUCGCUUUCGCGAAGUACUUUAUAACCUUUAAGAACAUAUCCAUUGACUAACUUAUUUGCCUUGUUUACUGUAAUAAAUGGACAAACUCCAGUAUAUGUUUUGCCUCAUGGAGUAUUCUUUUCAGACUAUUUGGUCGUAAUUAAAGCUCAACAAAGCGUAUCAUUAAUUAUUAACUUUGUUUUCUAAAGUUUUCAUUUACCUUUUUGAAAGGUUGAACAAAA